AUGGUAGAUCGAGCAAGAAAGGGGUUGUUGAAUGAAAGAAUACGUGUUAAUAGCAAUAAAGUAAGUGUUUUGAAAGUAAAAUCAGCUGAUUGUGAGCUUGUUUUGAAAGAGAAGUUGCCUAGCGACGACCUCCAACAGGUGCGAGAUCUCGUUGACAGAUCGCGAGAACAGGAAUUUUCAUGCACAAAAUGGCGGCACACAGAGAAACUUUCACGUUGGCUAUCUAAGAAAAAGGAGUCAUCGGAACCAGAUUUAUCUGGUAGUCAGCUCAAAAAAUGGGUAAGAAACAUUUCAUCCGUUACACUUUCCCCCACACAAGAAAAAGUACUGUCUAAAGGUCUGAACUUUGCAGUCUCCCCAGAAAAUGUACCGGUGUCAGAGUACAUUUGUGCCACGGAAAAAGUAUGCUCAUUUCUUGACAAUAAUGAGGCGGAUAUUGUGCGAACUGAGGUUGUUGGGUUACUAAAAAACGCCAAGUUGUCGAAAGGGAACAUUUCUAAGGAGGAAAGAGUGGCUUUGAGAGAGUUGUCAAAAAAUAAGGAUAUCACUAUUCUCCGAGCCGACAAGGGUAAGUCCACCGUUGUAUUGGAUACCACUGACUAUGAGGGGAAGGUGAGAGUGAUGCUAGGUGAUGGACGGACGUAUGUGAAGUUAGAUAAAGACCCCACAUCAAAUUAUAAGAGGAAGUUGGUCUCUAUAUUGACAGGCUUCAAAAAAGAUGACAAGAUUACAGAAGGACAGUAUAGACAUUUAUACCCUACAGCAGAGCAGGUACCUAGAAUGUAUUGCACUCCGAAAAUUCACAAGGAGGGGAACCCACUCCGACCGAUCGUCGACUAUACAGGAUCUAUCGGUUAUAACAGCUCGAGGCUGUUAGCAGAUGUAUUAGGUCCACUAGUGGGAUUAAGUGAGUACCAUGUGAAAAACUCUAAACAUUUGUCAGACUCGUUGAGUACAGUGAUGAUUGAAGACAACGAAGUGUUUGCCUCACAUGACGUGGUGUCACUUUUCACCAACACCCCCAUCGACAAGGCCCUAUCAGUCAUAAGAGACCGCCUAGAGAAAGACAAGACCCUAAAAAAGAGAACCAAGCUGAGUGUGGAUGACAUCAUGAAUCUAACAGACUUUAUUUUGACUACAACAUACUUUCAGUUCAGAGGUGACAUAUACCAACAAAAGUUUGGCACCGCUAUGGGAAGUCCAGUAUCUCCGAUAGUGGCUAACCUGUAUAUGGAGUUUUUGGAAAGAGAAGCCAUUGCAACUGCUCCGGUGACAUGUAAACCAACCUUGUGGAAACGCUACGUAGAUGACAUAUUAGAGAAGAUUCAGAGAGGACAACUACAGAACCUCACUGACCACCUCAACACUGUAGACGUUACCAAUAACAUCAAGUUCACCCACGAAGAAGAAAGCAACGGGGCUAUUCCAUUCUUGGAUACUCUCAUCACCAGGAAGGAAGAUGGUAGUAUCAAACUGCUAGUAUAUAGAAAGAAAACCCACACGGACCAAUACCUGAAUUUUUCAUCCCACCACCCAAUACAGCACAAGCUGAGCGUUGUCAGAACUCUAUUAGACAGGUGCUACAACCUCGUCACCGAAACUGAAGAUAGUGAUAAAGAGGAAGAACAUGUAAAACAAGCUUUAGGCCAGUAUAGAGACAAUAAAUCUAAAGGGAUGGUGGUUAUUCCGUAUGUGAAAGGGCUAUCUGAAGCAGUGAGCCGGGUGUUUAAUAAACAUCGAGUCGCCACGGCCAUGCGCCCACAUCAGACACUACGCAACAUCUUAGUGCACCCCAAGGACAAACAGGAAACAACAGAGAAAGCAGAAGUAAUUUACAAAAUACCUUGUAAAAAUUGUGAUAAAGUCUACGUGGGAGAAUCGGGGCGAAAAUUUGGAAUAAGACUGAAUGAACACAAAAAAGAUUGUGAAACAAACUCAAAUAAGGCAUUUACUAGAUCAACUAGAAAACAAUCAGAAUCGACAAUAGAAAAAAGUGCAAUCACAGAUCACCAGAACAUAAAUAAUCAUGAAAUAGACUGGGAGGGGGCACGCGUAAUAGAGAGAGAAUCAGACUGGAGAGUGCGAAAAACGAAGGAGGCUAUCUGCAUCAAAACUGAGGGGGCAGUUAUGAACCGGGACGAGGGGGCCUUCCUUUCUGGGAUUUACAACCCACUUUUCGCCGGAUUACGGAAAUUCGGCGGGAAGUCCCGAGUGUCAGAGCUGCGAGUGAGCGAUAGUCAGGCCAGUUGCUCUGAUGAUGUCCACAGUGUUGGACGAAAAUUUCAGCUUUAA